GAGACCACUUGGUCAUGGCUUCUAUACACUCACGGUGAUGGAGCCCAAGCUGAAAGGACAGGAGGGUAAGAUUAUUGCAUCGCCGAUUAUUUCAUCUUCUGAUGCGGACUCGUCCAAGAACAAAGACAAGAGCUCCUCUGAAAAUGACCACCCGAAAGAUCCAGAAAGCAGUCACAAUUUGGAGGACAACAAAACUGUAAAAUCCUCAAACUCUAAACCAAAGCGCUCAGGUGUCAGCCCCCUGGCUGAGCUCGCCCUCCUUAACAAAUCAAUCUACCUGCCUUCGGUGUCUCUGCCAGCUGUGGAGAGCAGCCACGAGGGGGGCACAGCGGUGGAUGUAAACAAAACGCCGGCAACUGCCUGCUUGAGUGUGAAGCGAAUGAAACCGGUUCCUGCUCCUGUUGAGUCUGAUCAGAGCCCUCCUGUAGUCCGCCGUGGCAGAGGCAGGCCUCGAAAGAACGCUGUUACCCCCGUUACCGAGAAUAAAAAGAGUACUGUGGAAGAAGACACAAGUAAAAGCGUCAGUGAAAGUGAAUCAUCUUUUGUGGUUGAAGAGAGUGAAAAAAUAACUGUCAAGACAACAAGUAAUGACUCGCCCAGAGUGGUCAGUGAUACUCCAGUGCCGGUCAAACGAGGCAGAGGAAGACCUCCGAAAAACAAGUCUGCAGAUCUAUGGAGUCCUCCAGGUGCGCGAGCAAGAAGUCCACCUAAAUCUGGUGAGGUUAGCCCCAUCAGAUUCCCUCACCGUUACAAAAGCCCUAAAGAAGGGACGGGGGAUUUAUCCUCGUCCAGGCCGUUAACCCGAGGUGCUUUAGGAAAGGACUUCCCCAGCGCCAAGAAACGCUCCUGGAUAGACGUGGAAAAGGAACUAGAACCGGAGAUUGAAUCUGAAUAGUUGUCGUUAUUUUCCUGUAGCUGCAAAAGCCAAUGCACACAGACAGUUGACCUCAGUAAAGUCGAUUUAUGGUCGGGCGUUUGACACUUUGAAGAUUGUCAUUCGAUAGAGAUUAAGGAGCAGCACGACACUUUCAACUUACGCUGCGGGAAAAAAGCUUCAGUUGUCUACAUUGUAUUCAGAGACCCAAUGCAUAUUUUUAAAGUCUAUUUCUGUUGUAUUUAUGGAAGCAUAAUCUGCACAGACGGCUGUUUAAAAUGACAAAAAUAUCCUGCUCAAAUAGUCAUUUGUUUAUGGCGGCCCAAAACGAUAUCAACAGCUGGCCUACAUAGUCUUUUUUAUUUUUGGAGCUGGACUGUUAAAUAGGUGCACUGUUUGCAUAUACUGUUUGGUUUUUCAUUGAAACACACUGCACACACAGCACAGAGCGCACUAUAAUAAUACCAAUAUAUGUAAACACUGUUGAUUUCUCCCCGUGGAGCUGGUGUAAAAAAUAUGUAGGUUCAGUAAAUAUUUGCUGUCAGUCGCACUGUUGAAAGCAGUUUGACCGGCCACUGUCCUCUCAGCUCUGCAGGAGCUGCUGCUGACAGUCGGCUGCAUCUGCGGACAGUGACACUUAACAAAGGUCAGAGUCGCUCUGGAUUGAAAACUGUAUCCUUGACAACAGUAGUAACGCUACCUAUCACACUGUGUGACAAUGUAUCACGUCUGCAAUGUAACAAAAUUCUGCAGAUGCAGGACAUGAAAUCAAAGUGUCAAACGCCCGACCAUAAAUGAGGCUUUAGUCUCAGAGCUGGAUGCUGCUCUUUUCUGUGUUCGCACAAAUCUCAGUGGAAUUUUUCAUACUGUAGAGAGAAGCUGUUUUUGGUACAAAGAUUAUAAGACAAAGCAUUAAUUGACCUGCUGACGGUAUGAAUGACAUUAAUGCUAACUCCCUCAUUUAGUGUUUAUGUGACUUUUUCUGAAAUGAAUUCCUGAUGCCUACAUUCAUGUUUAUACUGGGAUUUAUUCAAAUCAUGUGUUUUUUCAAAGUCAUGUAUUACUGAUCUGUUUUAUGCAAAUGAAAAUAAAACUCUACAGACUACAUAACUUAAUUUCGUUAAGCCUUACAGUGUCAGUUGAAUCUCUAACGUAAUUAGGAUCCAACAGUGCACUGCUUCAUUAACUCUAACUGUUAACGUAUGUCUUUCAGUUUUUAUGGACAGGUAGUUUGAUGCAUAUCCGUUUUGUAAUUUUCCAUUAUUAACUCAGUGAAAAUAAUCUGUAGUAGCACUUUAGGUUUUUUUUGGUAGAAACCACCCAUGAUGUCUGUCUUUGCUGUAGUAGCAUUAGUGUGUUCUGGGGAGUUAGCUCUGUUACGUGUAUUUAAACCUGAUGUCUCACAAGCAAUCGAGAUAAAAGCUAUUAGCCAUAUAUUGUAUCUAUGAGAAUAACCUGUAAAUAUUGUAUUUCUUUUCUUUUUUUUUAAUCGCAGUACAUUUUCUUUGUGGGCGUGAUUUUGAAACACUGGUCGUCUGUUUGCUUCAGUUGGAUUAAAAAUGUGAAAAACGUGGCCUUUAAAAUCAAUAAAAACUAUAUGCAUUUACUGUGAAACUC